AAUGGGAUACACUUUAUAAAAAGAAUCCAAAGAAAGACUUUAAAAUUAUGUAAUACUUAUUUUUUUUCAAUUUUUUCUCAGAGCUGGAGGCCUAUAGAAUGAAAACUGUUUGAAAAAUGGUAAUUGGAUUGAUUUGGAUUUUGGUUUUUGUUUUGGGCUAAAUUAAGUAAUUUUUAAGGGAGAGUAUAAAAAUGGUGUUAAAACUAAAGAAUUUGAAGAAGAGGUUUAAAAAUAAGUCUGA